CUGUUUCCCUCACUGGCAGCUACAAAAGGCAUCUGUCCUGACCAAAACACUCACAGCGCCAAAGGCAGCAGGACAGGAAACUUAUUUUGUCAGUACACUGGCAAGAACACAUUGUCUUUUAAGUCAUGGGGAUAUCAGAUCUUUUUCUCCAGUCCUCCAGUUCUGUCUCCCUGUUGGGGGCUCUGGUGGUCCUGCUGCUCGUCUACCUCGUCUCCUCCUCCAUCUUCAGCUCCCAGGAGUACGGGAAGGAACCUCCAGGACCCAGGCCGCUUCCCGUGCUCGGAAACCUGCUGCAGCUGGACCUCAAGAGACCCUACAACACAUUGCUGGAGCUUUCCAAGAAAUAUGGAUCAGUGUUCACUGUCUAUUUUGGACCCAAGAAAGUGGUGGUCCUGGCUGGAUACAAGACAGUGAAGGAGGCACUUGUCAAUCAUGCUGAAGAGUUUGGAGACAGAGAUCCAAUGCAAAUUGCGCAUGAUUCUACUCAAGGAAAUGGAGUUAUAUGGUCCAAUGGUGAUUCGUGGAAAGAGAUGAGGCGCUUUGCCUUGACGAAUCUGAGAGACUUUGGGAUGGGCAAGAAGGCUUGUGAGGACAAAAUCAUUGAGGAAUGUGACUAUCUCAUUGAAGUGUUUAAGAAAUUUAAAGGAGAAGCUUUUGACACGACUCAACCAAUAAACUAUGCAGUCUCUAAUAUUAUCUGCUCCAUGGUUUAUGGCAGCAGAUUUGAAUAUGAUGAUCCAGUGUUUACAUCCCUGGUAGAUCGAACAAACAGAAAUAUUCAACUUGUGGGCUCCCCAUCAGUACAGGUGUACAACCUGUUCCCAUUGAUCGGUAAAUGGUUUGCUGACAGGAAGGAAGUUGAGAAGUUGAAUGCUGCCAAUAAGAAACAGAACUUACAGCUGUUCAGUCGUUUGAAGGAGACCCUCAAUCCACAGAUGUGCAGAGGCUUAGUGGAUGCCUUUCUGGUCCGAAAGCAAAAUCUGGAGUCCUCCAGUUCUGUCUCCCUGUUGGGGGCUCUGGUGGUCCUGCUGCUCGUCUACCUCGUCUCCUCCUCCUUCUUCAGCUCCCAGGCAGACAGGAAAGAACCUCCAGGACCCAGACCUCUUCCCGUGCUCGGAAACCUGCUGCAGCUGGACCUCAAGAGACCCCACAAUAAUUUUCUGGAGUUUUCCAAGAAAUAUGGAUCAGUGUUCUCUGUCCAUUUGGGACCCAAGAAAGCGGUGGUCCUGGCUGGAUACAAGACAGUGAAGGAGGCGCUUGUCAACUAUGCUGAUGAGUUUGGAGACAGAGAUCCAAUGCUAAUUAUGCAUGAAUUUAAUCAAGGAAAUGGAGUUAUAUGGUCCAAUGGUGAUUCGUGGAAAGAGAUGAGGCGCUUUGUCUUGACGAACCUGAAAGACUUUGGGAUGGGCAAGAAGGCUUGUGAGGACAAAAUAAUUGAGGAAUGUGACUACCUCAUUGAAGUGCUUAAGAAAUUCAAAGGAGAAGCUUUUGACACGACUCGACCAAUAAAUUAUGCAGUCUCUAAUAUUAUCUGCUCCAUGGUUUAUGGCAGCAGAUUUGAAUAUGAUGAUCCAGAGUUUGCAUCCCUGGUAGAUAACAGACAUGGUCAACUUCUGGGCUCGCCUUCAAUACAGGUGUACAACAUGUUCCCGUGGUUCUGCAAAUGGAUUGCUAACAGGAAGGAAUUCCACAGAUUGGGUGCUGCCAGUACGAAACAGAACAUAGAGCUGUUCAGUCGUUUGAAAGAGACCCUCAAUCCACAGAUGUGCAGAGGCUUUGUGGAUGCCUUUCUGGUCCGAAAGCAAAAUCUGGAGGAAUCUGGGAUUACCAACAGUCACUACCACUAUGAAAACCUUCUGAAGACCGUCAUGAAUCUGUUUUCUGCCGGCACUGUGACAACAGCAACUACACUGAGAUGGGGACUUCUGUUUAUGGCCAAGUAUCCAAAGAUACAAGACCAGGUCCAGGAGGAGCUGAGCAGGGUGAUAGGAAGUCGUCAAGUGCAGGUUGAGGACAGGAAGAACCUGCCCUUCACCAACGCUGUCAUCCACGAGACACAGAGACUGGCCAACAUCACCCCAGUAGCCAUUCCUCACAAAACUACCCAAGAUGUAACCUUCCAGGGUUACUUCAUUAAGGAGGGGACCACAGUGUAUCCUCUCUUGACAUCUGUCCUGUAUGAUGAGAGUGAGUGGGAGAGGCCACACACCUUUUAUCCUGCCCACUUCCUGGACAAAGAUGGGAAGUUUGUCACGCGAGAUGCCUUCAUGCCUUUUUCUGCAGGUCGCAGGGCUUGUCCUGGAGAAAGUCUGGCCAGGAUGGAGCUCUUCAUCUUCUUCACCAACCUCCUGCAGCGCUUUCGUUUCACUCCUCCACCUGGAGUUUCAGAGGAUGAACUGGAUCUGACUCCACAAUUACACCUCACCCUCGACCCCUUACCUCAUAAACUGUGUGCUGUCCCCUGUAUGUGAGGACGAGUAGGGUUUGAAAAUGUAAAAAGUAGUUUAACAGUAGUGAAAAUAUUUAAAACCUCUGAUGUGAUUAAGAAAAUGGCAUUAUGUUUUAGGUGCAACAAGUGGAUACUGUAGAAAAUAAAAUAAAAUGCAUUGUCAGCGAAUGUUUUGAAGGCUAAGACACUAAGAAAUAACUAAAUAUCCCACAUCUGGACAAGUGUACUUUCAUUCACUUGAAGGAAUUUCUUUUUGUAAGCAAGCAAUUGCCUGCAAGUUCGAGUGUUAUGUUGCCUCAGUAUAACCGGGUCUGGACUAUGAGUGUUUCAACUUUUCAAGUAUUUGGUGUUUGGCACCUUUCAGGCCACAAGCAUGCAGGGCUCACCAACAUGGUAUGUUGGUAUCGAGUAGAAUUAAAGCAAUAUGCAUCAUUAUUCUCUCCAAAUAUUAAGCUAUAGGUUACAUAAAGCUGAUAACAUAUCAAUUGAAGAGGUGUUUUAUUUUAUUUACUGUUACUAAUUGUAUUGAUGCUAUGUGUAGGCUAUACUAUUUUGGCUUACAAGGGCAAACACACUGUAACUUAACCGUAUAACGCCAGUUGUAUCAUAUUUGCUACAUGAGUUUCUGAGACCUCUACGUCAUUAACAGGAUCAAUACUUUACUGAAAAACCUGUUGUAUGCAAUCUGACACAGGUCUUCUGCGCUCUGGUGGCUUAUCCGUGCACUGCAGGCAGUAGUGGGCCUUUGAAUCCUAAUUCCAACAUGGCUGCCGUCUUGUAGUGAUUCACAAGCUUUUGGCAGGGAAGUCUCUGCUAAUUUUGAAAAAGUUACAGUAAGAAUAACAUUUAUAAUGUUACUGAUAUUUCAAUAUGAAUAUUUACUGUAUUGAAGAAACUAUAAUUACUUAAUAUUUCGUACCUUAUUUUAUAGUAAAAUUGUGUUGAAAAUGUUUGUAUCACAUUUGAUACAGCAGUAAUAUAAGGUAAUAAAUCCUUCAUUUGUCAUUGUAUUGCAUUUCAUGAUGCAUCUGCAGUAUGCCUACCACAAUGCCAAAAACACUGUUUUGAUGAUUUAAUUAAACUAACACUGAUUUUGCAGUGGACAUCUCACUUCCCAGUCAGUAGAACUUGUGCAAACACAAUCAAAAUAUGAGAAAUGUCCAAGGCUUAUGACCAGUGUCAAAACGACAUCGACUUUGGAAUACAAAACUCACCUGGUUUUGGACUCCACUAAUUUGAGAGAUAGUAUCAGAAAAGACAAAAUGGGAUGUUGAUCUUUUAAGGUGUACUAACUUUGGUGGGAGUUUCUGUAAUAAAGAGUAAUAAAAAGUUUCUGUAAUAAAAAUUGUAUUUUCCAGUA